GGAGCGUCGCUCUUUUGAAAAUUCAAGUUUCCCCUAGAGACCGUUGAAUCCGACUGAUAUACUCGGGUAAAAAAAAAAAUCAAUUAAAUCGCAGAAAUAUCCAGCGGUGUGAACCUGAUCGUCAGAAAGAGGGAGUCAGGCAGAUUCCUUUGUUCUGAAAGUUAUUUUUUUUUUAAAAAAGUUUUGUCAGCGACUUUGGAUCUGGCGCAAUUUUUCUUUGGUCGAUAAACGAAAACUUCACCGGAGCAGCUGAAAUCAAACCUCCGUCCAGCAUUCAGAGAUUGGUUUUAAUCUGAGGUCGGAUUUUGUUUCCCGGGCGUUUUGGCGGAAGUUUCAAACGUGCGGUCUUUGAGCAGACGAAUCCUGUCACCAGGGUGAACAACUCUGACGAAGUCAAAAACAAAAACAAAAAUACCUGGAAAAACUCAGCAGGUCCGGCAGCAUCUGCGGAGAAGAGCACGGUUAACGUUUCCGAGUCCGAAUGGUCCUUCAACAGAACUAAGUACAAAUAGAAGAGAGGUUGAAACUGCUUGGCGAGUGAAGCCAUGUGUGGAGAAUUGUAUAACUGCAAGGAUCCUGCUGUAUGGAAGUCUGUGUUUGCUCUUUAUGGGGAUGUGGUUGAAGCAAAGACAACAGCAUCGAAAGGAGGGAAGGCCCGCAAACUGGCUGCACUGGACAAAUGGUAUCAAGAAGAAUUACCAGGAGCCGUGUGUAGUCGCGCAGAGAAAUACCUCACUCAUGCCGAGCUGAUUCAGUUGAUGGAAUGGAAACUGACAAGAGGCAAGUUCCGCCCAACACUGCAGCAGAUGGUAAUGAGUAAUUCCAGUGACACUGUGGAGGCCUGCACACGGAAGGCUUUCAAGCUGCUUCCUGACAUCUCAGCUGCAAUCACAGAGAUCAGUAAGCUGAAAGCUGUAGGACCUGCUACUGCAUCAGCUGUUCUUGUGGCUGGUGUUCCUCAAGAAGCUGCGUUCAUGGCUGAUGAAGCAGUGGAAUCAAUCCCAGGCUUGGUACCCAUCAAGUACACACUUAAACACUACAUCCUAUACUUGGAUAAAGUGAGGGAGUGUGCAAAGCAACUCAACAAGAAUGAUUUGGUGAAGGACUGGACCCCUCACAGAAUCGAACAGUGUCUUUGGACCUGGGCUGUGGCCCAACGGAUUAAACCCUCAUUGCUGAAGGGCAUCACGCUGCAUCAAAACAGAACAGUGGACAAAGAAAAAGUCAUGGCAGCGAGACCUGUGAAAAGGCAGAAAACGCAAUGAUGAGCUGAUCAGUCCUUGAUGAAAACAGCCACAUCAUGAGUAAGAGAUUAAAUUCCAGCAUCAAACACUUUGUUGGUGCAGCAGAUAAUACCGAGGGAUGAAACUGUGCAGUAAAACCAGACAAUAGAGAGUGAUUUGAACCCAGAAGAAGGGCAAGCAUCAUUAUUAUCCCUCGGCAUCGCACAGCAUAAAAAAAAUUCUUGCUAUUCAUGUAUUCUUGCAUCUAACAUAUCCUGUCACACUUGACAGCAUUGCUCGUGUAAAAUGAAUGUAAUGUGACCUGAUUGGGAUUAUUUUGCCAUUUUAUGAGCCAAUAAUCCCAUCGAACAGAUAAAUGACUUCCCAAUGAGCCAAGUGCAAUUUCAAAAAAUGGCUGAAGAAAGGCAGUAAUUUAUUGCUGGUUUCUUGUGGCCUUAGUAACCAGCCAACCUCAAUGGGUAAAAACUAUAGUGUAGUUUAUAAUCAGCUACACACUUGGUUCACCAACAGUGUGUAACCACUUAUUAACCUCACGUUAUGGCCAUUAAAACAUUUGGCUUAUGGGCUUAAAGGGGCAGACCAGGUUAAAAUAUCCCAACUUUGACAGAAAAUAAUGCAUUGCAUGUUACAUGGUAUAUGCUCCUGUCAAUGUCCUCCAGUUUACCUCAAACGAUGUUAUAGAAGAUCUGCUUGUACAGGCAAGAAAAGGGUUAGAUGAAAUAGUGACACACACAAAAAUGACUCAGAGCUGAUGCCUGAGUGAAUUACAUGAUUUCCGGCGUAAUGAGUUGACUGUUUCCUGGUUUCCCACAGCUUCUAUAGAUACUCCGAGUUUGUGUGCAAAAUGACAAAUGCUGAAGUGAUGAUUGCACCCGGGCGUGAUAUUGGCUGUAAUUCCUAAUUCCUAAAUACAUAGGUACAAAUAAACUUAAGAUUCUGAACUAGAGGAUACACAAAGUGUAAAUAUGAAAAUUUAACACCCAUCAAGUUGUAUAUUUUUAUCAGAAGUGUCAUCAAUACAAUCUGAUGAAAACAAAGAUCAUUUUGACAACUUUUAUAUAGAGCUGCUUAUAAUGGGACCAAAUAUUCUGCUUUAUAGAACAGUAAACUGCAUCGCAAAUCAUUGAAAAUUGAUGGCCCCAUUCACAAAGUACUUUACGCCAGGAGUUUCCUCAGGUGUUCUGUUGAUCAUUUGUUGUAGGUUUGGCAGAAACCUUAUUUCUGUAUCUACCCAGGUUCUUCGUCAGUCACGGCCGCCAAUCGGAAGAGCCUUGAAGAAAUUCCUGGCCUGAAUAUUCGCUUACUGACUUUACACAUUUAAAAAUGUUUCACUUGAGUUGAAACCAUAAGAAACUCAGGGCCCCACCUUUAACUCAUGCAAAACUUAGUGUCAAAAUUGGGCCACAGUUUGAAGGCGGAGAUAGUGAUUGUUUUUCUGUAAGUACAUGCUGAGUUUCAGGUGGAGUGUGCAAUCUGAAGCAAUGAAGAUUUCACCCCCUUAUUUAGAUUAUAUACUUGGGGAUGAAUUACCACGGUGGUUCACUUGGUUUUGUUUAUUCCGUUCGUUUUGGGGUUUUCACAACAGUUACGGUGAGCAGUGAGUGUGACUCUGCAGAAAUUCACUGCCUUAGAAUCUCUGCACAUUGUGCAGUUUUCAACUGAGCUGUUUACUGUGGUUCAAUUUGCUAUUCUUCCCGAUUUCCUGACCUGGAAACAUUUUGCCAUUCCAAAUUCUGCAACCCUCCUGUUACUUUGCUUUAUAACACAACAACAUUUUCCCCUUAUGGUCAGUUGUAUGAUCAUUUCGUGCCUGGCGUUUGGUCAUAAAUUGGACAUGCAAAUUGAUAUUACUCCAUGUACCUCUGUUCACUGUAACACCACACUGCCACCCAUGACACAUUCCAUCUGCAGUGGAGUCAUGUACUAGGAAUGCCAUAGUUAAGGGUGACCUUUAAUAACACUGAUUUAUAAAUCAUACUUUUCUAGCUGAAUUCUUUAAAAGCAUUUUUUUUUUAUGUUACCAACCUUUUCAUCUCACUUGUACUGAAGUAUUUUUUUAAAUAAAUUGCAGAGAAUAUAUGUAUUCCUUUCUAAUAAAAUGUAGCAGUUGAAUAGAAA